AUGUUGGUCAAUUGUCAUCACUUACAACAUUCUGGCUCACAAGAUAUACACACAAGCUCUUCCCUGGACUCUGGUGACCGGUUAGUUAGCGAGUUUCCAGUACGGCUUCCACCAGUUCUGCAGGCUGAGUUUCUUCAUCAUCAUCAUUCACCUCGAUUCAAAUAUGAUGUUUUUUUAAGUUUUCACGGCAAUGACACCCGUGAUAAUUUUACAAAUCAUUUAUAUUCUGAGUUGAUAGGCAAUGUCAUUAAGGCCUAUAGGGAUGAAGAAGGAAUUGAGCAAGGAACAUUCGUCGCCCCAGAGCUCAUGAAAGCAAUAAAAGAAUCCAAGUUCGCAAUUGUCGUCCUUUCAGAAAACUAUGCUUUACUCAGGAUGGUGCUUGAAUGA